UUCCGGCUGUGUUGACGUUCAGAAAGAGGGAACAUUUGAAGAGUAUCACUAAUCUUUUUGUCGCCCUCUUCUUUCUUUCUUUCUUUCUUUUUUUUUUUUUUGAAUAAACAGUGGUAUAAUUUCUUAUAAAAUGAUUCAACCACUCUGUUUAUUGGAUAGAUGGAUUCAGGAAAAUAACGAGUUGGCUUCUAGCUAUAAGCAGGAUGGACAGGAUGCUCAGAAUCGAGAUCACAACCUGUUCAGACAGAGACGAUAUUCCUCUGAUUUUCACAAACUUCUAAAGAAAAUUCAAGGCAUCCCUCCUCAUCUGGAUCACGCACAGCUGGAGCUUUCAGUAGCCUACAACACCUGUGUGUGCUUUACUGCUCAGUCUCAGUUUGAGGAUGCACAGAUGCUCCUCACACAGACCAUACAGAGAGUGCUUGAGAUAGCCGGAGAGAAUCCAGGUACCUCUGACCCUUCUGUCCUUUGGAAGGCAGCUCUUAAAUCAGUGGCCAGCACAGCUUUGAAACGCUCCGUAUUAGGCCUGUUCUGUUUGCAGUGGGGAACAUGGCUGGCUAAGAGCUGCUGGACUGCAAUUAAAGAAUUUCAGGCAAAGAUUUCUCUGUUUGACGAACAAAGACAAGGAGUUUGGGAUGAAAAGAUCCCCAAUUUUCCAAGACUGGUUGUGGAGCCAAGAAGGCUUUCUGAGCUUUUGAAGAUCUGCUCUGCAAUUAGCCAAGGUGCAGAAAGGCUGGAUGAAGGUUGGAGUACCCUUUCAUCUCUGCAGGCUGCCUCUGCCUUGCCUGCUCCCAGAGCUCUCAUAGCAUACACACACCUCCUCUCAGGUUCCUGCCUCGCCCAUAUGAGCCGCCCUCAGAUGGCACUGCAGUGUUUCAGAAAGGCUCUGGAGACAGAUCCUUGUUGUGUAUGUGCUCUCUACCAGAGCAUACUCAUCUACAGGCAGCUGGGAAACUCACAGGCUGAGAUCCAGGCUCUUCGUAUUCUGCACUCGACUUUGUUGUUACCCUCGACAACAGAACAAGCAAUGGCUGGGAGCCAGCUCCUCUCACCGUCCUUGUUUCUCUGCAGCAAGUCACUGAGCAGCCUGCUCUCAGUCCCGUCUGCCCUCAGUGUCCUUCACUGUUUGGCUCUUAAAUGUGUUAUCCAUGGCAGAGUGUCGGAAGGUGUGGAGUAUUAUUUGGACUUGCUCGCUGCUCUUCAUUCAGAAGAUCAACAUGGACCGCCUGCUGCAGUCUCUAUCCUCCCCAAGUUACCCAGGCUCUACCUUGAGGCUGGGGCUGCAUUACUCAUGGCCAGACGACCUGCAGACUGUCUGACCCUUUGUGAUGAGGUCAGCAGGACAACUGUGGAUCUGCUCCCUGAGAAAGUGAUUGUGGAUGAUCCAGAGGAAGGAAGUGUGUCUUGGAGCAGGGAGGGGAAAGACGAGACUGAGAGCGGAUUGGAGAGGCUGCUCUGGGCUGCAGCAUCCUACCUCCUCCAGGGUCACUGCUACUGUCAGCUGAUGGAAUGGAAGCAAGCAGUUACUAACUACACUAGGUGUAUUAACCUGGUUGUGAAGGUGCACUAUAAAAGGAGAAGCAUCUCACCACAAAUUCCCAGUACAGAUAUUGAUGCUGAGCAGGCUGGAGAUUUACUUGUCCUCCAAAGACUAAAGGGGCUUUCAUUGGCUGGUAGGGGCAUCAGCUUUGCUCAGAUGAGCCAGCUGAGGGAGGCCCUCAGAGACCUUCAGCUCAGUCUGCAGGCCCACCCAGAAGGUGUGACUGCAGGGCAGUGGUGUGGGGAGGUGCUGUGGAGGCUGGACAGGAAGCAAGAGGCAGCUGCAUAUUGGAAAAAGACCUGGAGCCAGCCCAUUCCAUUCAUAGCAGAGACUCUUCCUGUUUAUGCACAAGAACUUCAGUAUGAUCUGUUGCUGGAUUCAGAGGAGCUGCAUCAAAGACUGCAAGAACUUGACCCUAUCUAGGCAGACUGGAUAGAAAAUUUCGCUUAGUAUGUGUGCGCGUGUGUGGUGGGGUGCUAUCAAGCUCAAAUUCUAAUGAGACGAAUAUGUGGAGAGAAUAAAACAGUUGUGUGAGUGGAAACCUGUCAUGUGGGCUUGUGAGUCCAGAUUUAUCUGUUCUUUUCAUUUCUAGAGCUAUUGUUCUGCGUCUUCUAACAUCAACCCACUUUGCUUGAAGAUUUGAACAGAACCACAUUAUCUACUAAAACUGUUACCCUUAACUUUUAAAGCCAACCUUUCUCUAGAAAAACGUCUUAAGCGUAGCCUCAUUUAAUGCCACAGAAAGUUUUAGGGAACGCAUCCACUGACAACAAGCUCAACUUUGUGCCAACUCCAGAUGAUCCACCAAACCCAGGGAUCCUGUAGACACUCAGCACUUUACAAGUGUAAAGAUAUAGUUCCAUCUUGCAUGGAACACUAUUGUUUGAUGGCAUGUUGAUAGUUAAAAAAUAUAACCUUGCUUGGAA